GUUGUUGUCAAUGGCGAUGACUCAACUGCAUGACGACUCGGUGACAAAUGCGACGAGCAUGAACAAGCAGCGGACCAUCCGCAUCAUGGUCUUGGGCGAAGAGAAGGUAGGCAAGUCCUCCCUCAUAUCCGCCCUGGUGUCGCAGCAAGCCAGCGAGCGCGUGCCGAGUGUCUUGCAUGACAUUGUCAUCCCCACCGAGGACACGCGCGAGAACGUGGCCAUUUCGCUGCACGACACUAGUUCCUCGUCCAACGACGUGAUGGAAGUGAUCAAGACCAUGAACCGCAGCGACGCAGCCAUCGUCGUGUUCGACGUGUCCCGGUCCAUCUCGUCUCAGCGGCUCGGGUAUUGGCUGGACCUACUCAAGGUGACCAAGGUGAUGCCGGUGGUGCUCGUGGGCAACAAGUGCGACCUGCUCCCGGGAGGCUCCGAGAUCUCCCGCGUGCAAUCCGUGCUCCGCAACUACAAGUUCAUCGUCCAUAGCUUGGAGUGCUCGGCGCGAACGUUAAUCAACGUCAAGAAAACGUUUGGAUUGGCGCAAAAGGCGGUGCUGUACCCUAUGGCGCCGCUGUACGACGCAGAAAAGAAGCAAUUGCAACCCAAAUUUAUCACGGCGCUGAAGCGUAUUUUUCGCCUCUUUGACGUGGACCGGGACGGUGUGAUCAGUCGCGACGAACUGCACGAAUACCAAAACGUUUGCUUUAAAACACGAAUGAAGCCAGAAGACAUGGAUGCGCUGUUGGAGCUAGUGGCGUUAGUGAAAGCAGAUGGGGUAGCUACCGAUACCCGAGGACUCCGCUUUGACGGGUUUGCCUACUUGUCGGAGCUUGCAAUUGAGAAAAAUAAGCCUGAGCAUUGUUGGCAGGUGCUGCGCACGAUCGGGUACUCGGACACGCUGGAGCUGGAACUUCCGCACGACCUCAUGGACGUUCCUCGGGACUCGAACGCAGCGCAGUAUGAAAUGUGCGAGCUCAGCGCCGCGGCCAUCCAGUUCUUGACGGCAGUCUUCACGCAGUUCGCCCCUCUAACCCAAGCAUCUAUCGACGGCAUAUUUGCCAUUGUGCCGCCGCCAAAGCGGCCGACGUGGACGAGUUUGCCGCUGGAGGAACCUCAUGCGUCGUUGGAUGUGUCGGCGUGGCUGGCGCUGUGGAGUUUGGAAAUGGCGAUACGACCGCUGCGGGCGCUGGAACAGCUAUAUUAUUUGGGGUUGGUCGACACCAAGGCACUCACUGCCGUGGACGUGCGCCGCAGUCGGCACAGCCGCGCCAGCGCCAAAGUCAUCCGCUGUUUGCUGUUUGGUCCGCCCGGCUGUGGCAAAACGUUGCUCACGAACGCAUUUACGAGCUACUCGUUCCUGUCGCCCGAGCCCCUGGCCGUGUCAUACCCAGAGCGAGACGCCAAACCCGCCGACGCGUACGCCCAUUUGCUGCAUAAUGUGCACACUGUCGUGGACAAGGAAACUGGCGCACAACGCACGCUCAUUAUCUCUGAAGUGUCGGAAGGGGUCGUGGAGUAUGAGAUGGUGGAGGCCAUCGCGACUAGUAUUCACGUGGACAUGGUGUGCUACCUAUUUGACGGCACAGAGCCCGACUCGUUCGAGUACAUUUUCAAGCUGCAAGCAGUGGUAUCGGACGCCGUGCCUUGUGUAUAUGCGUAUUCUACACCCACACCUGUCGAGGAAGAAACCACGUCGCUGCUAGCAUUGGACAAGUGUAUGCGACACUGUGCGUCGUUGAAACUCCACGCGCCUCUUCGCAUCUGCCUGAGCUCCCAAUCCGGCUUUGACUUGCUCUACCAAGCGCUCGUCCAUCGCACUCUGCACCCCCAUGAUGGCGCGGUGCCGUUUACGAUGCAAAAGGCGGCGGCCAAGAAGCGCAACGACCGCCUCUUCUACGGCGGCCUCGUGGCAGUGGCCGCCGUCGCCGCCGGCGUCGGGUACGCAUAUGCGGACGAGUUGAAGGAGCUGUCUGUCGUGCAGAGCCUCGUUCGAUUGUGGGACCAGUCCAAACUCCACCUUGUUCCGAAAUUGAAACAGUAACACACUAGGGAUACAGUAGUAUUACUAGUAGUAUAUAUUACUAAUAGUACUUGGCUGGUUA